GUCACAAAGAGUAGAGUAAGUAUACUGUCACUUCAGUAAUUGACUUCGGUUCGGUUGCAUUUCUGACGAAAGAUAUCUAAAUUAUUCUUUUCAGAAGCUGAAUGUAUAGUUGAGAAGCCGUUUACUAUUGUUUAAGAAUGCAGUAUCCAUCCGACGAGUCUUAUACUCGGCUUAUAAGCCAUAACAUGACGGUUCCACACAGGAUAAAGGCUACUGGAGAUAUAGUUGAUGAAGAAACUCUCCCUAAUGGAUGGGAUUAUGCCAAUGAGAAAUUUGACAUGAAGGUACCUGAACGGAUUCUUGUUGUGGGACAAGAUCAACAUUUAGGCAUGAAAGCUACUCCAAGAGAGAUUCAGCUGGAUAAUGCGGUUUUACCAACUGACCCUGGAAUGGUGAGAGUGAGCACUCCGCCGCGUGUCAUCACCCUGGAUCAGCAUUACUUUCCUUCGGCUGAUGACUUUCCUGCUGAGCUAGCUAGCUCUCCACCGAGAAGUGUUAGGCCCAUGCGCCCUUUGGGUGAUGGAGCAAUAUCCAGUGCUGCACAUGCUGACCAGUUUAAUGAAUCUACUAUGACUGAAUCACGAUUAGUUCUAAGAGAUCCAACACCACCAAUGGGCAAUGGAGAGGGGCUCUCAACAUCUGAAGAGCUGGUACAUCUGCGAAGACAGAUUGUAAAACUGAAUCGUCGUGUAAUGGCUAUUGAGGCUGAACAACUGCAAAGACAGCAAAAAGAAAAAAUUGCUUAUGCAAUAAGUAUUGCUUACAUACUGUUCAAAGUUAUUGCUUGGCUGAAUAGGUCUUAAUUUUCUUAGUGUCAUUAAACUUAAGAUGAAGUUUUCCCUGUUCAUACAAUUUCAUGAAUUCCAUUGAAUGGUGACCGAUAUGUAAAUGGCAUACCAUGAUUAGUUGCCACUCCCAUUGAUAUUGUAGAAAGUAUGGAAAUGUGGAAGUGUUAAUGAUUUUUCAAUUGUCAAUCACUUUAGAACAUAGGUACAUUCUUUUAUAUUGUGAUGAUUUAUAACCAUUUGUUGUACAGUGUGAAGUAUAUGUUGUUGAAAAUGUACCAAUUUCCUUAGUAAAUUAUAGACCUAAAUGAAUUGUUACAAUGUUUUCAUGGGUUUUCUUUUACUGUUCAGUGUUAUAAUGAAUGCAUUGGGUAUAUUUUUAUUUAUAAUAAAACUUCCUAAUUAA